AGGAAGUGAAUCAGGAAGCCAAUGGGAAGUCCACCUGGAAGUCAGUGAGACCUUGGGUGGGCUACGGGCCACAAUAUACCCCACAAUGAGACCUCAGUCUUAGCUGGGUCCUCCAGGCACUACCGUAAUGCAUGUAAUAGCAAUAGUGUAAUGAAUACGACUCACUCUUGAGCAAUAUUUCCCUUCUGAAUCGCUGGCAGAGCCGGAGACGCCUGCUCCAGGGAUCCAGCGGGCGAAGCCGUAACCACAGUAGUCUGGGUGGGUGGCACUGCGGUUAAUUAUUACCUGUCCUGCCACCGAGCAGAUCGGGCAGCUCACCCGGCCGGAGCGGCCGAACCCCGUUCCACCAUGGAGCUGUCUGGAGUCCUCUCUCUGCUCCUGGGGGUCUGCGUCGCAUGCCUCCUGUUGUUGCCUCGUGGAGAAAGGCGCUGGCAAGGAGGAAUCUCCCCCCGGGUCCCACACCGCUUCCCUUCGUCGGGAACAUCCUGCAGCUGGACACCAAGGCGUUGGCCAAAUCAAUCCUUAAGUUCCGAGAUGUGUACGGCCCCGUGUUCACCCUGCAGCUGGGCUCGGAGCGGGCUGUGGUGCUGUGCGGCUACGCGGCGGUGAAGGAAGCCCUGGUUGACCACGGGAAGGAGUUCGGGGGAAGGGGGAACAUGGCCACAGCCGCGAGGAUCACCAAAGGGUUUGGUGAGGAAAAUGUUCCUUCCCGGGAGAACGUGCCCACACUAGACUGCUAA